GAGCUCUAGUUUUAAGGGCAGAGUUGCUGUGUCUGACAUUCUAUUACUAAGCUGUCAGAUUUCAUUUGGUGGAUUUAUGCUGUUUGUUUUGAUAAAGGAUGCAGUCAAUGUUUGUAAUUUAUUUUGUGACUAGCAUUAAAUAAAUAAUCAUGGCAGUUGUUAUUGACUUGGAUCUGGUUUGCGUUGUUUGCCUUCAAAAUGAUAGUGCUGACUUGAAAUCGGUAUUCACCGAUGAUGAUACAAUAGUUUCAGAGUCAAACAUGGGCAUUGCCGAAAAAAUAUCAUUUUGUUCGGAGCUAAAUUUGCGAAAUUUAAGCAUUAAAACUUCAAACAAAAUAUGUAAUCACUGCUUGGAUGAUUUAAACGCCGCUUGGCGCUUUCGUAAAAACUGCGAAACGGCUAAUUCUCUUUUCCGUUCCAUACAAGAAGAGGAGGACGUUGCGUCUUUGACUGAUUAUGAAUUAGAAUGUCCGAAAGGCCAGCUAUCUACCAAUUUAAAGCUUCGCCGCGAAAUUCCCGCAAUGAAAUCGUAUCUUAGCACUUCUCGAAUAGAUGAACAAUCUGAAGAUAAUGUUAACGAAACCAUGGAUUCAGCAUUAGAUGAACAAUCUGAAGAUAAUGUUAACGAAACCGAUGGAUUCAGCAUAGUCGAAUAUAUUGAUGAGGAAGAUCAAAAGGAUUUUGUUCAAAGUACAGAUUAUUUUGACUCUGUUAGAGAAGGAGAGUUAGAAGAUGUCAAUGAUGCAUUUAAAGACACCGAUAAACAACGCGCCCUAGAGAAAAGAUGUCGAAUACCGUCAAAGUCAAGCUUUACACCGGAUGACAAUGAUAAUUCUCAAACACAUGUAAAGGAAGAAAUACUAGAUGAUGCUAACGAUGAAGAAAAUCCAAUAUUAAUCGGUUAUCAGGAGGAGAGUGAUAACAAAAGUAAUGAACUGAUGUCACCUAUGUUUAGCCCGGAAAGCUUUCCAGGUCAUGAUCGACGAGAUUUAUAUGAAAAAGAGAAUAGUGAAAAUACUAUUCAUGGAUUCCCGAUGAAAAAAAAAAUUAAUACUAAAAAAAUUACACCUUCUGAAAUGAAACCUUAUAGUGGGGUAAAAUUGCCUUCACGUAAAGGCAAGUCAUUACAUUCAUCAAUGAAGAUAUGCGAGAUAUGCGGAAAUAUUUACAAAUACCAGCACGCAUUAAGCGCCCAUAUGCGCAGGCACAAUAACGACCGCCAAUUUGCCUGUGAACUUUGCGAUAAAGCUUUUGUUUCGAACGUGGAGUUACGUCGUCAUAUGCGGGUUCAUACUGGGCAUAAACCGUAUCCAUGUUCAUUUUGUGAUAGACGGUUUUCAGAUUUUGGGUCACGAAGCAAGCACGAGCGAACCCAUACUGGUGAACGACCAUAUCGUUGCACAACAUGCAAUAAGUCAUUUGCAUAUCCGCAUGUCUUAACCGUGCACUUACGCACACAUACUGGCGAAAAGAAAUUCCAAUGCACUCGCUGUGGCAGAGGAUUCACAAAGAAAGCUUAUCUAUUGGCUCACUUGGAAAAUCAUGCUCGCUGCGAAAAUAUAUCAAUAAUUGGAGAACUGAAUGAUAAUGGGUCAGCGAUGGCUAGGAAAUCAGAGGUCCUAACUACUCACCAACAAGAGAUUACAGCAAUAAAAACAGUAGCUCUGGAAGAAUGCAUAUUCACCACAGAAUUAAUGGACGACAGUGAGCAAAAUAUGUCCAAUCAGAUCCAAGUCAUUGUUGAACAAGACGGCAUCGAUAACUCCGAUUGGGUGUACGUUCGUAGUACAAUAAAUUUCCGAUAA